AUGGAGAAGAUCAAGAAGAUUUUCUCUCCUGGCCACGAGCAGGAUGAAAAUGUCAUGUAUAACGACCCCAAGGCUAGCGGCACUUCUACCACCAGAGAUAGCGCUGCACCCACCCAACACACUGUUGGUUCAAGUACCAAGGACACAAACCUUAGACAAGACGUCCUCGAUCCUCAAAGAAACCCAGAGUCUCGACCCAACAUCACUGAUAAUGCCAGUACUGCAAGCAUCAGAUCAGGUGUCGUUGGCGCCGCUCAGGAACCUCGUAACGUCGAGGGCACUGGCUUCACAGACUAUGCCACUGCAGGCGGUCUGGCUGCACCCCAGCAAAAGCUUCCCGUCAGGAGUGUUACUCCUGUUGGGCAGUCUCGUCCCAAACCUACACAGAUGGAGACCAUGGACCCUAGCGGUUUCGUGAACAGCUCACAUGCACACCGCGGUCUUGGACAUGACUACAAUGGCGACCCCUGUCCUGAAGGCCAAGAGCCCGCCGUUCCUGGUUACGUUCACCACCAGCACGGUCCCCAUAGCACAGAUAUCGCUAACCAGCUCGACCCUCAUGUACCCGGCGGAUUCCCCUCGGACGACGGCCUCGAUACACAAGAGCGUAGAAGAGAUGGUGGUCUGGCAUCAGGCUCUACUGGCCUAGGUUCAGAUGCUUAUGCUACUGAGCAGCGCACUGGUGCUAGCGGAAAUCACUACGGCAGAGAUGCCGCUCUUGGUACUGCGGCUGGAGCUGCUGGUAUUGGUGCUUACGAGCAUGCCCAGCACCAUAACAACCUUUCUGCCCAGGUUAAUGACCCCAACCACGAUCCCUUGCUUGCUCAGCAAAGACAGGAACGUCUAAGUGACUUCGACGCUGCCAUGGCUGGCGGUCAGAGAUCACAGCCAAACGCAUACAACGCCAGCUCAGCUGUCGUGUCGCCAUCGACUACCGAACGCUCUUUCCCGCUCAGUAGCCACCCCACCACCGCCACUGGCUCUAAAAAUAUUCCUUCAGAGUCUGGAACUCACCAUGGCAGAGAUGCCGCUCUUGUCGGAGGUGGACUUGGCGCCGCUGGUCUGGCUGCACAUGAGGCUGGUUCUCACAGACCUUCACACGAAUUGGAGGGCUUCGAUGACCAGCGCUAUGAUCCAUCUGCUGCUUCUGGCGACAAGCCCACCCGUAUUCCUAAUCUGAUGUACGGCACUGGCCACUCAGGCCAAGGAGUCAACCCUACAGAAACUGCCAGCGGUACAGGCUACGGUAGAGAGACACUUCCGGGUCAUAGUGUGAACCCGUCAGAGACUGCCAGUGGUCUCGGUGCUGGCGCUCUGGCCGGUACAUACGAGUCUCCCGAACACCGCACUGGUGGGGUCCCAAGACAAGGUGUCAGCGCAGCAGAGACUGCUAGCGGCCAACAGUACGGCAGAGAACCACUGUCAGGUCACGGAGUCAAUGCAGCAGACACUGCCAGUGGUCAACCCUACGCUGGUUCGCAAAUGCAGAACUACGGCCGUAGCGGCCCCACUGAGACUGACCCUGCUACCAAAACUGUUGGUCCUCACAAGAGUAACCUCAUGAAUAUCAUCGACCCUCGUGUUCAGCCUGAGCCCGAGAAGAUGAAGGAUAGAACUACCGCUGGACCUCAUCAGAGCGACAUGAUGAACCGCGCUGAUCCUCGUGUUGACUCUGAUCUGUCCAAGCAGAAUGAGCAUCAUUACGGCCGGGAUGCAGCUGUCGCAGGAGGACUCGGUACUGCUGGUGCCGGGGCUUACGAGUAUGGCAAGCACCACAACCAGCCUGAGAGCAUCGGUACUUCCGCUUUCGACCCUCGUUCGACCAACACGACUAAUCUCGUGGACCCCAACCAUGACCCAAUUCUUGAGCAGCAGCGAGUUGAGCGUCAGCGUGCCUACGACUCUGCCUUGGCUGGUGGCGCAGGGGCCGGAGGCGCAGGUGCUUACGAUCAGAGCUACCCUCAAGGCGGUGCUGCUCAGAGCACUCUUGGAACUUCUCCGUUCGCUUCUCGUUCUGCCAACACCGAUCCUGCUGUGGCACAACAACAAUCGGGACACCACUAUGGUCGCGAUGCAGCUGUCGCCGGAGGUUUGGGUGCUGCUGGCGCUGGGGCUUAUGAGUAUGGCAAGCACCACAAUCAGCCCUCUGAGAGCGUUGGAACCUCCACCUUCGAUCCCCGCUCGACCAACACCAGCAACGUCGUUGAUCCCAGCACCGACCCUACUCUCGCACAGUCGCAACAAGGCCAUCACUAUGGCCGUGACGCGGCACUAGUCGGAGGCGCUGGAGCUGCUGGUGCUGGCGCUUACGAGUACGGCAAGCACCACAAUCAGCCUGAGAGCGUUGGUACUUCCGCUUUUGAUCCUCGUUCGACCAACACGACUAACGUCGUUGAUCCUAACCAUGACCCAAUCCUCGCACGUGAAAGAGAAGAACGCCAACAUUUUGCUCGUGAUGGAGCUGUAGCUGGCGGAGCUGGAGCAGCUGGCUACGGUGCCUAUGAGGCUCUUGACCCCAAGGAGCAGGAGAAGCUCGCCAAGCAUCAGGCGCACGAGGCCGAGAAGGCACGCAAGGCUCAGCAGCACCAGAUGGACAAGGACAUGAAGCAUCAACAGCAUCAAACUGAGAAGGAUCUGAAGCAUCAGCAGAAGGAACGUGAGCACGAGAUUGCCAAGCAAGAAAAGAAGGCCGAGAAAGAACGUGAGAAGGAAGCCGACAGGUCCGAAAAGGAAGCCGAAAGAGCCACCCGGGAGAACGAACAUCCCGAGAAGAAGAAGCACGGCAUCCUCGGCUUCCUUCACCGCGAUAAGAAGAACGAGCCUGAAGACGAUUUGCGUCAGCAGGGUCGUCUCCAGGAAGCCGACAUUGCAGCCCACGAGCGCCACCAGCGCGAACUCGAGGCACGCGCUGCUGAUGGCUCUAUCCCUGCUGCGGGAGCUAGCUUUGAGCCUUCGCUUGAGGAGCAGAGAGCUAACCCUCUUUCUUCGGCUCCCUACAAUGAUAUUCAGGAACAUGGUCAUCAGACUGUUUCUACUGAUACUUCUGGCCGUCACCGUCUGCACAAGGAUCCUCCUGCUAGUGUGCUCAAGGAGCGCGGUCUGGAGACUGAUCACCCCUAUGGAGAUAGCCACGGUGCCAAUGUCCGUAUUGCUUAA